AAGAGGAAGAAGAAGAAGAGGAGGAGGAAGAGGAGGGGCUGUCUGAUGAGGUAAAGGCGCAUCUGAAAUCUAUGUACGUUACAGAAUGUAUGAAACGUCUGCAGCUGUCUGGAACAUUUGAUUUGACCUCUGGUACUGUGACGGGCUUACACGUGUAUCCAGACACUGACCCAGUCGUGGCAUACCACAAUAGUGAUGAUGAACAUGCUGAGGGAACAGAUAUUACUGGUCAAAAAUGGAGCUCGGAAUACGACUGUCUUUACCUCAGAUGGGCAAUGAAGGGUUUAGGCACAAAUGAGCAAGCAAUCAUCGAUGUCGUUGCCACAAGAAACAACGCACAGAGACAGCAGCUCAAGCAAAAAUUCAAAACAGCCUAUGGCAGGGAUCUGAUUAAAGACAUCAACGGAGAGCUGAGUGGUAAUUUCCGUGGAGCUGUUCUCGGAUUGUUUGUGCCCCCCCCUCGAUAUGAUGCCUGGUCCAUCAAGGAGGCUAUUUAUGGCCCCGGGACAGACGAGCGUAGCUUGAUUGAGAUCAUGAUGACUAGGACCAAUGCUCAGAUCAAGGAGAUGCGAGAAUGUUAUGGAGAGGUUGUCAGUCCAAGCCGCAAGGUAACAGAAAACAAGAUUGAGGAUGACAUAAGGGAUGAUACUUCUGGGGACUUCAAGCGUCUACUCAUCUCAGCAGCCCAGGGAGGAAGAAAUGAGAUAACUGUAGAGCAGCUUAAUGAUGGUGUAGUAGAGAUUGAGCGUGAUGGGGUAGGCACUGGACUCUUCCAAGUGGACUUCAAAAAGCUAGCUGAUAUGGAGCAAGCCAAAAGAGAUGCCAAAAAACUGUUCAAGGCAGGAGAGGACAAAUGGGGCACUGAUGAGGAAACUUUUAUCAGGAUAUUUGCAACGCGAGACCCAUAUCAGCUUCGCGCUACCUGGGAUGAAUAUGUCAAGAUCACUCAACGAGACAUUUUAAACUCUGUUGAUCGGGAAACAUCUGGAAACUUUAAGAAGGCACUGUACACCAUUGUGGCUAGUAUUCGUUGCCGACCGAUGUUCUUUGCUGACCGUUUGGUGGACUGCAUGAAAGGACUGGGAACCAAUGAUGACGAUCUUAUUCGUAUCAUUGUGUCCAGAUCUGAGAUUGACAUGGUACAGAUAAAGGAAUGUUUCCUCACGAAGACCAAACAAACACUGUGGAAAUGGCUUGACGAUGACUGCAGUGGCGACUACAAGAGACUGCUUCAGCUUAUUGUUGGGAAAGACUAAGCAGAGCUAGAUAUGGAUACAUGUCAUAAUCCGUGACUCUAUCAACUGUUAGAGAUGUAUUGUUCAGUAUGAAGUAAUUGGCUAUCUUGUUCUGAUCUUCAAAGCGAAGUUCUUCACUAUUCUCUUGCUAAUUCAUUAUGUUAUCAAAUAAAGGAAAAUAUGUCAAUUUUUAGGGUCCCAUGUUUUAAGAGGACGUUUUAAUCUACUUGGUAAAAUACAGCGAUGGGAAAACAAUAUUUGCAUGCAGCAAUAUAUUUAAAUAUCCUCAGGUUUCAUCCAUGCUGAUCUUGAAGUAGAAAAUAUAAAAAAAAAUGACAGACGUUUGUGAUACACCCGUAUAGGUUUAAG